AUGUUGAGGAUCAGACAUGUCCUAACACUGCCUAAACCUCUUCUUCAUACACGUUGGAUGAGUGCAUUGAUAGACGACUCGACCUCUUCCAUUCUCACACCCGCUGCACGUAAAUUGGCAUUCAAAGAUGAAUUGGAAAAGGCCCGUGAGCGCGCACUUCAAGGUGGAGGAGCUGAGCGCGUAGCAAAGCAGCACGAGAAGGGUAAACUCACAGCCCGUGAACGGAUUGAGCUACUGUUGGAUCAGGGAAGCUUUCGUGAAUACGACAUGCUCAAGUCGCAUCGAUGCUCUGACUUUGGCAUGGAGAAACAGCAGUAUCCUGGAGAUGGUGUUGUUACUGGUCGAGGUCUUAUAAACGGUCGUCUUACAUUUGUCUUUAGUCAGGACUUUACCGUCUUUGGCGGCAGUCUAUCCGAGACGUAUGCCGAAAAGAUUGUCAAAAUUAUGAACAAAGCCAUGGAGCUUGGGGCACCAGUCAUUGGACUUAAUGACUCUGGCGGUGCUCGUAUACAAGAAGGUGUUGCUUCUCUAGCUGGAUAUGCUGACAUUUUUCAGCUGAAUGUACUAGCGUCAGGUGUCAUCCCGCAACUUACGAUGGUCAUGGGACCGUGUGCCGGUGGAGCCGUUUACUCGCCUGCUAUGACCGACUACAUCUUUAUGUGCCGUGACUCAUCGUACAUGUUUGUGACAGGACCUGAUGUCGUAAAGACAGUAACAAACGAAGAGGUCACACAGGAAGAGCUGGGUGGAGCUGCAACCCACACAAAGACUUCCGGUGUCGCACACUGCGCGUUUGACAAUGAUGUAGAGGCUAUUCGUGAGAUGCGCCGAUUUUUUGAUUUCUUGCCGCUGAACAACAAGGAGAAGCCUCCUGUGCGCACGUCAGACGACAAGCGUAACCGCCCUGUGCCCGCGCUUGAGAGUAUCGUGCCCCCCGACCCCAAUGUACCGUACAACAUGAAGGACAUCAUCCACCAGGUCGUGGACUCGUUUGACUUUUUCGAGAUCAUGCCUGACUAUGCCAAGAACAUUAUCAUUGGUUUUGGUCGCAUGGAAGGCCGUGUGGUGGGCAUUCUGGCGAAUCAGCCCAUGGAGCUUGCUGGUUGUCUGGAUAUUAACUCAUCUGUCAAGGGUGCGCGUUUCGUGCGCUUCUGCGAUGCCUUUAACAUUCCUAUUGUGACGUUGGUGGAUGUACCUGGAUUCCUGCCGGGCACCGACCAAGAAUACGGUGGCAUCAUUCGUCAUGGCGCCAAACUACUUUACGCGUACGCCGAAGCGACUGUACCAAAGAUCACAAUCAUUACGCGCAAGGCAUACGGCGGCGCUUACGACGUCAUGAGCUCAAAGCAUCUCCGUGGUGACAUCAACUAUGCUUGGCCGUCAGCUGAGAUCGCCGUGAUGGGAGCCAAGGGCGCCGUCGAGAUCAUUUUCCGCGGGCAAAAUGUGGAGGAGAAUACUGCAGACUAUGAAAAGAAGUUUGCCAACCCUAUGGUUGCAGCACAGCGUGGAUUUGUGGAUGACAUCAUUGAGCCUAUCAAUACUCGCCGUCAUAUUUGCGAGGAUCUAGAUGUACUAGAGACGAAGGAUGUGAAGAACCCGUGGAAGAAACACGGCAAUAUUCCGCUGUAA